CAAGAGCGCAGCAGAGCCAGGAGCCCGCCAGCCCCGCCAGCCAGCGAGCCAGGGAAGCGGCGCCCCGGUCGCGCAGCCUAUGAAGGGUGGCCAGGCCCGGUGGGGUCCCCCCUGCCGCCACUCCGGCGCCCGACGGCAACUGCUGCGCAAGAUGUGAGCCGGCCGUGCGACGGCGGCGGCGGCCGAUCUCUUCCCUGCCUGCCUGCCUGCCUGCCUGCCUGCCUGCCUGCCUGCCUGCUGGUGGCGCGGACUCUCUCGGCUGACCGUCCGUCCGUGAUGCCUCGUUGAGGAUCUGAAGUCAUCCGGGACUGGAGCUACAGAGUCGCAGUCACCGGCGGGAUGUUCGCGCUGGAUCCGUUCGACCCACACGGCGGCGGCGGCUCAGGCAGGAGCGGGGUGCCGGGUGAGCGGGGCGGCGGCGGCUUUGGGCCGGGCGCGGGCUCCCAGUUCAAGCCGUCGCCAUUUCACGGCGGAAGUAGCAGCGGCGGCGGAGAACCGGCGUCCGUCAAUGCCCUGGCCGAGCCCUCUUCGACCCUACUGGCCAUGAACCUGACCUUGUCCGGGGAAGGCUACGGCGGUUUCCACGGCCCCCGCGGCGGCCCUCCGGAGCUGGGCCAGGCCCAGCCGAUCCACGGAUUCUUCGGCAGCCCGCCGCCUGGCCCGGCCGCCCACCAGCAGAGCCAACCACCGGUCUCGCACUUCGGCGGCGGCUUCGGGACCGAACCCAGCGCUUCCUGCCUGCACGGCGGGCGCCUCCUCGGCUAUUCGGGAGGCCAGCAGGCGUUCGCGGCGGACGGCGGCUACGAGCAGCAUCUGGCGGACGGCCAGGCGGGCGGGGAUGGCUUCGGACAGCAGAGGGCGGGACCCCUCCAGGACUUCCAGCCGCCACCGCCGCCGCCGCAUCAUCUUCAUAAUCCCGGCGUGCCGGCCCCAUGCCUGCCGCUUGACCAGUCGCCGAACCGCGCUGCUUCCUUCCACGGCCUGCCGGGAGCCGCCUCCUCAGAACCGCACGGCCUGGACUCGCAGAGGCGGCUGCCGAGCCAAGGGGCGGCCGCGGUAGAUGCCCUGGAAUAUAGUUACGCGAACAGCGAGAGCCAUUUCGACUUGCCCGUUUUCUCGUCGUCAGAGGCCGAGGGGCAGCUGCCGCAGUACGGAUCCGGACGACAGGCGGCUCCGCCGGGAGGCGGCAAUUUCCCUGGGCACUCGGCGGCCUUGCCCCGAGUGCCGGGAUCCCUGGGGAAGGUUCCCAGCCAACAGUCCCCUCACGGCGUCUUCUUCGAUCGCUUCGGCGGCGCUCGCAAAAUGUCUCUGGGGCUGGAGCCGGGCCUGAGCGCCGGAAGGCACCACCUGGUUCAGCAACAGCCGCCGCCCUCGGCUCUCCUGGCCAGACAGAAUUCCUGCCCGCCGGCGUUGCCGCGGCCACAGCAGUGCCCAGAGGGUAGCGCCGCCAACGCCAAUCUGCAAGACGGCGGGGCCCCGAUUUCGCAGCACGGCCAGUUCGAGUAUCCCAUCCAUCGGCUGGAGAACCGGGGCCUGCAGCACCACCCCCACCACUCCCAGCAGCAGCAACAUCAGCAACAUCCCUACGUCCCGGGAGAGCCGCUUUUCAACGUGCCUCACCAGCACCAGCAGCACCAGCACCAGCAGCCGCCCAACCAGCGGUUGCAGCACUUCGACGCGCCUACCUACGUGAACCUCCCCAAGAGGCCCCGUUUCGAUUCGUGGAGCGGUGGCGGCGGCGCGGGCAUGCACGGGGCGGCCGCCUUGGAGAGCCACCUGUCGCCCUCCGCGGCCUAUCCUGGCCUGCCGGGGGACUUCACGCCGCCGGUGCCCGAGCAUUUUCCGCCGCCGCCGGGCUCGGAUCCCCAAGCGGCUCUGCAGCAGCGCCAGAACGCGGCGCUGAUGAUCAAGCAGAUGGCGGCCACCCGCGGCCAAGCUCAGCGCCUCCGUCCGCCCGGCCUGCAGCAGGUCAGCCACCACCAACACCCACACGGUGCCGGCGGCCACGGCCAUCACCAGUCCCCGCACCAACACCCGGGCGAGGCCGCCUUCGAGGCGCAGGAAGGUGCUUGGUUCCCUCCCCCUCAUCCUCCCGCGGGCAGCGGAGAUUUACUGUUCCGGCCGGGAAUGGGCGGGUUGCAGGAGCCGCCGCCGCCGCCGGCCCUGCGGAUGUCCUCCGGGGCCGAAGGACACGUCCCCUCGCCAGGCGGCCUGCAAGGUCAGUUUGGCUUGAGCCCGCCGUCGGAGCGGCGGCCGAGCCACCCAGACUUCGCGUCGCAGGCUCAGAGCUUUCCUUUUGGGGGGCCCAGCCGCCAGGCCACCCCGCACAGCGCUUCACCCGGAUCCUUUGGGCCGCCGACGGACUUUCAGAGCUCUGCACCCCCUCCGUCGCAGCCCCGGCCCUCCCCGGCCAGCAGCAAACUGGGCGCGCUCUCGCUAGGCUCCUUCCCCAAAGGGGGUGUCGGGGCGCCGCCCGGGAGCGCGGGCCCCAAGGAGAGCAGCGGCCUCUUCGGACAGAGCUGCCUGGCAGCGCUCUCCACCGCCUGCCAGAACAUGAUCGCCAGCCUGGGUGCGCCCAACCUCAACGUCACCUUCGGCAAGAAGGGCGCCGCUGCGGCGGUAGGCGGUGGGGCCGGCGGGGAGGGCGCCAAGCGGAGCAAGCUGAGCCCCGCAGAGGCUGCCGAGACAAACGGCGCAGGGUCGCAGCCUUCCCUCCCGGCCGCGACGGUUCCUGCCGGCGAAAGCGGCCUCUCCCCCAACUACUCCCCUGGAUCUGGCCCCGAGGCCAAAGCGGGAAGCGGACGAGGCAGGGGACGCAGGAAACGAGACAGCGGCCACGUCAGUCCGGCCGCCGGGGCGACCAGCGGGGCGGGCGGCUUCUUUGAGAAGUAUGGCCCGACAUCGGGCGUAGAGAGCGGCAGCCCCGGACAAGGCGGAGAGCGAAGCGGCGGCACCCCCCAUCUUCACGAGCCCCCCAAGGCGUUGAGUUCUCCGCCUUCCACCUGGGCCAAGGGCGGCGGCGGCGGCGACCUCCUCCUCCCGCCUCCUCCAGAACAGGCCGAUCUCCUUCCUUCCCUGGACCAGGCGGAAUCCUGCUCCCCGCGCGGUGGCGGCGGCGGCGGAGACUUCCCCGGCGAGGCGGAAAACGAGGAUGAGGUGUCUUCCAGUUCCGACAACCAGGGCGCCAAAGGGUGUCCCGCCGGGCGCAGCCCGCUUCAGCCGCCCGGCCGCCCAGUCGACCACCCGCUCCUGAAUGGACAGAAGGCGUCGGCCCUGGCUCAGCUGGGCCUGCACGGCGGCGGCAGCGGCAGCAGCACGGCGACCUCCAGCCCUGAGAGCUACGGCGCCGGUCCCCCCGGCCCGGUGCAGGAGGAGAUUCACCCGCUGGAGAUCCUGCAAGCGCAGAUCCAGCUGCAGCGGCAGCAGUUCAGCAUCUCCGAGGACCAGCCGCUGGGCCUCAAAAGCGCAAAGAAGGGCCCCGAAGGCUCGGGCGGGGGCCAGAACGGCGACAGCGGCGAGCUGAGCAGCUGUUGCGAGGGCGCCGGAGCCAAGGGCGCGGUGAGCACCAUCGACCUGGAAUCUUUGAUGGCCGAGCACUCCGCCACGUGGUACCUGCCUGGAGACAAAGCCCUCCUGGACGGGGAGCCCGACGAGAAGGUCCUGGUGCCUUGGGAGAAAGCGAAGGCGCCCACGGCCGGCAAGGAAGCCCACGACCUCCCCUCAAGCAAGGCCUUGGCUCCAGCACAGACGGGCAGCCACUUGCAGUGUCUCUCAGUCCACUGCACGGACGACAUGGGUGAUGCCAAGGGCCGGACUGCGGUGCCAACGUGGAGAUCCCUGCACUCAGACAUCUCCAACAGAUUUGGGACUUUUGUGGCUGCCCUGACUUGAAGAAGGAAACGGAGGAGGAGGAGGAGAGGAAGAGGAAAAGUUGGUGGUUUUCUUCUGUUCUUUUUAUGUUUAACCAGCCGCUGCUACUAGUUGGACAGUUUUUUCUUGGUUGGUAUCUGUUUAGCAGCAUACAGACUGGCAAGGGUUAAUUUAAAACAAACUCAACCUUUUUUAAAAAAGAAAGAAAGAAGGAAAGAAAAGAACAGCUGCCAUUUCUCCUGCCAGAGGAGGAGGAGGAGGAGGAGCACCGAAUGAACGAAUGAAAGAGUCAGCGAUGAGCCCAAGCAGGGCCUUCUCCACCAGGGCUAGGAAGCAGGAUUUCCCCCUCCCCUACCCCCCUUCCCUUAAGAUUGAGACGGUAAUCUGGAGAGCAGCACCGAAGUCCAAACUUCGGGAUUGGGGAAUUACUUCUCCAAAAGCCAUCCAAGGGAACCCCCCCACCCCGCUCUGCCUUUCCUGCCCACCACAGCCAAACCAUCAAACGCUGAGCCAACGAUUGAGACAGUCCUUUGUCUCAUUGGAGAGCGAGAAGGUGGGUGGGUGAGGAGUGGGGGAUGCAAGAUGAUCUCUUGCCUCCCCGCCCCACCUCAUUCUGCUGCUGCCUGAUUUCUGCUUUCUGGCACAAAGCUUCACAUCGCCUGUUUUCCUUGAGUGUGUGUAUGUGUGCAAGCGCUCGCUCAGUGGCAGCUCUGCUCUCAGGGUCUGCUGGGCUCCACUUGACAGCUGAGUGCCUUUCCUGGAGAGCAGGGAAGGGGGGGGGCACCGCCUUGCUCUAUCCGGGUCCUCCUGCCCUGCCAACAGCCUCCCAUUGUCUUCCUCUGUUUCCUGCCCCUCUGUGGAGUGGGGUCUGGAGAGCGGAAGGGGGUCCAGGGCAGCAGGGUAAGGCUUCCUCCUGCUCCUGGCUGGCAGCUGCUCUUACUGCAAGCUUCAAAAUGGCAGAGCCCUGGGAGAAGUUCAAGAGAGGUGCCAGCCUCGCCAGAGAAAACGAAAGAGCCAGGCAAUCACCUAUGCCCCCCAGGGUGCUAUUUCCAGCCUCAGGUUGGCAUUUCCAGCAGCAGAGAGGCUUCUCUGAGGCAGCCCCCCCAACCCGAGCCUCAGAUGGCUCCUGCCCAGUGCUCAGUCUUGGUCUGGGUGUGUGUGGAGAAAAGGAGCCCUCUACAGAGCAGGCCCAGCUCCCAUGGAGGGUUUUCUCCUGCCCUUCCCAUCUGGGGACCCUCAUCCUGCCAGAGGUCUGCAAGGAGAAGUGAGUCAGGUGCCGGGGGAGGGGGUUUCUUUAUUCUGUUAUUUUCUGAAAGUAAGCUUUUAUAAGAAGAAAAACGAUGAACUGAAGUGUUAAAAUAAGAAUAACAAUCAUAAAAGAACAUUCUAAAUAAAGAGCGACCAUGUUAAAAUGCAAACUUUAAAAACCACCGUAAACUCUUAAACUUCAUUCAGGCAAAGAGAAAAAUAUAUUUCAGCUGAUGUUUAAAAAUGAUUGGAAAAUAGCUUUAACAGCAAAACAAUAAAAUAAAAAUAGAGUUGUCAGAAAUUAUCAGAAAACUGCCUACUCAAAGCAUUUAUCGGAGUAACAUCCUGCACGGUGGAGAACUGUUCAGGCAGAGGGGUCAGUGAUACCUGCUGGAAACCUGCUGAAAACACACACACACACAAACAAACACACACACACACACACACACACACACACACACACACACACACACACACACACACGAGAAGAUACAAAUGGGUCUUUUGUUGCUUGAGGGCAGAGCUGGGUGCCUUCCUCUGCUAAUCUGGGCCAUAGCCACUAUCAAAGCAGGCGUGGGGCACCCGAGGGCAAGGGCAACCCCUUUGCAAGAACCAAUAUUGCAGCUAAACCAGGCCAAACUUUUCUGAGGGCUCUGCAAACAGCCUCUCCUCUUCUUUGGAAAGGCUGGGUGGGGGGCUCCUCAGCCAAAGGUCCAGAACUGCUCUGCACAAUUACAGCAGCCUUUCUAAUGGGGAAAAGCAAUCUAAAAUAAGCCAGCUAUUUUAACUAAGAUUUUAGGAUAAAAUUAAGUUUAGGGGGGAUUUGCCAAUAUUUUUUUUUCCUUGGUUUCAUUCCUGCCAGAAUUCCCCAGCCAUCGCAGCUUUAAAAACAAAUCCUGAAAGUAAAGGAUGUCCUUAUUUUCAUUGUCCUGGAAAAGAACCCUUUCCCCUCCCCUUCCCUCCCCUCCCAAAUCCCUCCUGCUCAGUCCCAAGAAGAAGCAAAGUUAUUGCACAUGUAAGAUAUUAACAUGGAGGGCAACUUGUAAUCUCCCCCUUCCCUCCCUCUUCCCCUCGCCCAUCCCCUUUUCUGGGAAUUUAGUUUAAAUUGGUUUCUCAAGGCUUGGUUGGAAGACUGUGACAAAAAGCUCAUAAAAAAGUGAGUGUUAUUUUCUUUCUUUUUUAAAUAUGUAAAGUGCAGUCUUCUCUAUUCAUGCAUAUUGUAUAUAUCUGUAUAUGUUUUACUGAGCAACUAAAUAACAAUAAAUAUGAUGUUAAUGGUGA